AUGUCGAUUCGUGCUGCAGAACACGCACUACCUUAUCCGCCGCCCACCGGAUUGGAAUACGAAGCCAGGCUGAUCGAGAGGCUGUUGUGCUUGGGCCAUCUCAUAACUGAUUUGGCGCACCUUGACAACAUUAUCAACGCUCAACAGCCUCUGGGAAUCCCGGCGGAUUUGCCCAUCUACCGUAAAAAGUCCGAGACCGUAUCCUGGGAGCAUGGUUCAGGGCCCUCGAUCAACCAAUCCGGUCAGACUGGUGCACCGAUUGUGGCGGCUGCUGGUAUCACUGUGACUGCCAGCGCCGGCAUAGCCUUCCAGAAGACUGUCAUCAACCACAGCGAGUCCAAGGUGCUCGAUACCUACACGAUCCCAAAUGGGGUCAUGGUCUUUAUUAUGGUCACUGGCAUUACUAUUGCUCGUGGCGCGCAAAUCGUCCGGUCAGAGAGACGUAAAAUGGGAGUCCAAGGCGGCCUCGGAGCGUAA